CCUCGACAUGGACCUUGAGCAGCAUGCUGGAACCCUUUCCUUCUGACUUUUGCACAUGACCUAGAACGCAACCAUGAACCAUGGCUCUUCUGAGAAAAAUCAAUCAGAUCCUGGUGAUGCUGCUGGUGCUGAUGCUGUACUUGCUCCUGCACAGCUCGCUACUCAGAGCCUCCAGUCGGCACCAAAUUUCAGGUCAAUGGAAGAAACUAGGUGAUAGCCCGAUGAAAGAAAUUGAUCGUGUCAUCCCCGUCGUCAUCUGCGCGUCGGAGGAGCGGAUGGGCGCAACCAUGGCAACCAUCAACAGCAUCCACAGCAACACAAAUGCGAACGUGCUCUUCUAUAUUGUUACGCUACGGGAUGCUGUUACACUGACCAGACGUUACAUCGAGGAAACCCAAUUAAAAGGCAUCAAAUAUAAGAUCUUGGAGUUUAAUCCGAUGGUUCUGAAGGGGAAAGUGAAGCCGGACUCCGCCAGACCGGAUCUACUACAUCCACUCAACUUUGUGCGCUUUUACCUACCGAUGCUUGAGGUGAACCACGAGAGGGUCAUAUACUUAGACGAUGAUGUCAUUGUACAGGGUGAUAUUCAGGAUCUGUUCGAAAUCAAACUAAAGCCGCAACACGCAGCUGCCUUCGCCACCGACUGUGACCUGCCCUCCACUCACGAGAUGGUGCGCAGCGUUGGCAUGCAGACAACCUACAUGGGCUUCCUGGAUUACAGAAAACAAGAAGUGAAAGACCUCGGCAUCAAUCCCAAUGAUUGCUCCUUCAACCCCGGUGUGUUUGUGGCGGAUAUGCGCGAAUGGAAAAAGCAAAAGAUCACCAAACAGCUCCAGAAGUGCAUGGAGGACAAUCUCAAACUAAACAUCUACAGCAGUGCGAUGGCAGGCGGUGUGGUCACACCACCUAUGCUCAUUGUUUUUCAUGGCAAAUACACAGUGCUGGACCCAAUCUGGCAUGUCAGACAUCUUGGUUGGAGUCCAGAUUCUGGCUAUCCCGAGAGCUUCCUGCGGAAGGCGCAGCUACUGCACUGGAACGGCCCAUUCAAACCGUGGGGGUACCCAGCUGUUCACACGGAACGCUGGGAGAAAUGGUUCAUCCCAGAUCCGUCUGGGAGGUUCUCCUUGAUGAGGCCGGAGAGCGAUAAUUAAUGUGGAACAUACCAUAUAUGGGUAACAGAGGGAGGGGCUAAUGCUCUAUUUAUUUGCAUGCAGGAACUGAGCCCUAUAUUAUUGUACUAUUUAUAUAGAUAAUAUAUACAAUACUACUUUUGAGUCGAAUGUGGUUAUUCAAUAGGAUUUUUUUUUAAUUUUAUUCAGUUUUAGUUCUACUGCUGUAACACCUGAAUUUCCCCUCUGGGAAUCAUUAAAGGAUCUUAUCUU